GUCGCUAGGGUAUCCACGCGCUUCCCAGCACGGCGCCUUGCGAUUGGUCGCCGUGCCGUCCGAUCCCGAAGAAGAGGACGUGCGAUUGGCCGCCGGCUGGGGCCGCGCUCCCGACGACGGGUGAAGCGGUGGCGGAGGCUGCGUGCGGGGACUGCCGCGAAAUGAAUGCUUUAGCCGUAUGAUGAUGAGACUGAUGCACAAUGCCUGAUCAGGAUAAGAAACUGAAGAGCACGGAAAAAGCAACAGACAAAAAACCUCAUGGGAUUUCUAUGAGGGACUAUUCUGACCUUAAAAGACUUCAGUCUCUCUUAAAUGCUCCAUCAAGCAAACAACAGCUUUCAGCUAUACAUUUUGAAAAUGGUCAAAUCAGCAUAACAAGAUCUCUGCAAAAUGUAGGAAGUGAUGGACAAAAACUCCAUCAUCAAUGGCAAGAGUCAACUGAAGCUGUUGAGCUUGAAAACUUUAGUGUGACCUACAAGAAUGAGAGAAAUUUUAGCAAACAUCCCAAACAUAAGCUGUUUGAAGAUAUUUUUACUGCUUUAGUUAAGAAUAGAUUUAACUGCAGGGAAUGGGUUAAUCAAGCUCCAUCCAUCCAUUUUCUUAGAGUAUUAAUCUGCCUGAGAUUAUUAAUGAGAGAUCCACACUAUCAGGAAAUCCUCUAUAGCUUGGGUGGGAUUGAAAAUCUAGCUCAGUAUAUGGAAACGGUAGCAAAUGGCUAUCUAGAUUGUGGAGAAGAGAAACAUAAUGUAGACAAGUUGGUCAACAUGACAUACAUUCUUCAGAAGAUUGCUGCUGUUAAAAAUCAAAGAGAAUGGGUUAUAGCAAGUGGAGCACAUAAAACCUUAGUAAAUUUGUUAUCUGCCAGAGACAGCAAUGUGCUUCUGGGUGCUCUCCUUGCCCUGAUUAGCUUAGCAGAAAGUCCAGAAUGUAGGGAGAAGAUAUGUGAGCUCAACAUUGUUGAGAACUUGCUGGUGAUAUUACGUGAAUACGAUUUGCUUUCUAAAAGGCUUACAGCAGAGUUGUUACGUCUUCUCUGUGCAGAGUCACAAGUCAAAGAACAAGUUAAAAUUUAUGAAGGAGUUCCAGUUUUGCUCAGUUUACUCCAUUCUGAUCAUAUCAAGCUUUUGUGGAGUGUAGUUUGGAUUCUUGUACAGGUUUGUGAAGACCCUGAGACUAGCGUGGAAAUCCGGAUUUGGGGUGGAAUCAAGCAGCUACUUCAUGUAUUACAGGGGGAUAGAAAUCUCGUUUCUGAUCGCUCUUCAGUUGGAAGUUUAUCUAGUGCAAAUGCAGCAGGGAGAAUUCAACAUCUUCAUUUGUCAGACGAUUUGAGUCUUGAUGAGAUACAAGAAAAUACUUUCUCCCUUCAAGCAGCUUGUUGUGCUGCAAUUACUGAACUGGUGCUCAAUGACACUAACGCUUACCAAGUAGUACAGGCAAAUGGAGUAUAUAUAAUAGCAAAACUGGUUUUACCAGACAAAGAAAAGAAUGCUGAAAAAGCUUAUUUAUUACAGUGCUAUGCUUUCAGAGCCCUGAGAUUUCUCUUCAGUAUGGAAAGAAAUAGACAUAUCUUCAGAAGACUUUUUCCUACUGACUUGUUUGAAAUCUUCAUUGAUAUUGGACAUUAUGUGCGUGAUAUUAGUGCUUAUGAAGAGCUGGUAUCAAAGCUGAAUUUAUUAAAGGAGGAUGAAUUGAAGCAAAUUGCUGAAAGUAUUGAGAGCGUCAACCAGAAUAAAGCACCUACAAAACAUAUAGGCAAUUAUGCAAUUUUAGAACAUCUUGGCAGUGGAGCUUUUGGAAAUGUAUAUAAGGUUAGAAAACAUAAUGGGCAAAAUCUUCUGGCAAUGAAAGAAGUCAAUUUACACAAUCCAGCAUUUGGAAAGGACAAAAAAGACAGAGAUAGCAGAGUCCAGAACAUUGUCUCUGAGUUAACCAUCAUCAAAGAGCAGCUUUAUCAUCCAAAUGUUGUACGUUAUUAUAGAACCUUCUUGGAAAAUGACAGACUGUACAUAGUCAUGGAACUCAUAGAUGGGGUGCCAUUGGGAGAACACUUUCACUCUUUGAAGGAAAAGCAACAAAAAUUUACAGAAGAAAGAAUAUGGAAUAUAUUUAUUCAACUUUGCCUAGCUCUUCGUUAUCUACAUAAAGAGAAGAGGAUUGUUCAUCGAGAUCUCACUCCAAACAACGUCAUGCUGGGGGAUAAAGACAAAGUUAAAAUUACUGACUUUGGUCUUGCAAAGCAAAAGCAAGAAAACAGCAAACUUGCAUCAGUAGUGGGAACCAUUCUAUACUCUUGCCCUGAAGUUGUAAAGAGUGAGCCAUAUGGAGAGAAAGCUGAUGUCUGGGCUGCAGGAUGUAUCCUUUAUCAGAUGGCAACUCUGAACCCACCGUUUUACAGCACCAAUAUGCUCUCCUUGGCAACUAAGAUAGUAGGGGCUGUGUAUGAACCUGUGCCGGACGGACUGUACUCUGAAAAAGUGUCAUUUACCAUUAAGAGGUGCUUGACCCCUGAUGCAGAGACACGUCCAGACAUAGUGGAGGUCAGCUCGCUGCUGUCUGAUGUGAUGAUGAAAUAUUUGGAUGUUUUAUCUACCUCCCAUCUCAUGUUGGAGAAGAAACUGGAUCGGGAGAGAAGACGAACCCAGAGGUACUUCACAGAAGCUAGCCGAAAUGCAGCAGCCUGUCAACAUCAGCUUUCUAUUUUACCACAAAACCAUUAUGACAAGUUGAGACUUCAAGGAAGCACCACUGGAACAGCGAGUUGCAAAAGUGAUUUUUCAGAAAACCUUGGCAUCCUGGCAGGGAAUUGUCAUUCUACAUGUAGAAAAGAUGAAAAGAGAACAUAUGAAGAAAUCCUGACAGAGGACAACAGCUGUUUAGAGAACUCUGAGAAAGAUUUGUUCUCAGAAUUAGAUGAUGAGCUCGAUGUAUUGGACAACUCAAGUAGUUCCAGUUCAAGUCAUUUGAAAGAGUCUGCUUUUGGUAUCAUACAACAAAGCCUUGGUACUUCUGAAAGACAACCUCAGAUUAGAGACUGUACUGAAGGCCUGGGAUCAAGACUGCGACCAGCCAAUAGCAACAAAGAAGUCAAAUACCACAAAAUAGGAACCAGUGAAAAAGCAUCGGCAGGAAUUGCUGUAUCGCAAAGGAAAGUGCGUCAGAUCAGUGACCCUGUUCAGCAGAUUCUUAUUCAGCUGCACAAAAUUAUCUUCAUCACUCAACUUCCUCCAGCUUUGCAGUGCAACUUGAAAAGGAGAGUCAUUGAGAGAUUUAAGAAGUCCCUCUUCAGUCAGCAGAGCAAUCCUUGUAAUCUGAAAUCAGAAAUGAAAAAGCUGCUCCAAGGUUCUCCUGAAUUGAUUGAUACCAACUUUUUUACAGCAGAUUGGCAUAUGGUACUUCUCUCAUCUUCUGGCAAUAUGUUAGUUCCAGAAGAUAGAAAAGGUACUGUUGGCACUUCUGACAUAGCAGAAGGGAUGACAUAUGAGCAGUUACAGACCUUAAUUGAGGAGGUUCUAGAGGAAAGUGGUUAUUACAAUUUCUCUUCGAACAGGUGA